AUGCCGGUUCCCUUCGAAGCCCUUAUUCCCUAUGGAAUCAUCGUUGGCAUGUUCGGUAUCACCGGUGCUGGACUCAACUGGUUGAGAUACACACAAAAUGGAGGAAAAAGACCCAGGCGCACUCUUGAUCAAUGGGACAGGCAAAGUACGACGUUCUCAAACCUAAAGUACCAAUUGAUGGAACGCGACAAAAGAUUGACAGGCUUUAUGCGAGGACAGACGGACAAACCCCAUGCGCCAGAUGGCUUUGAAUUGAACAAUCCAUGGAAGUUGGAACGCAGGAUCUACUAG